CCCUAAAAUCCCUCCACCCCGCCGCCAGACCAGAUCCACCUCGGGAUCCCCCCUUGUUUUCCUCCACCCACCAACCAGUGCUCUCCACUGCUCCUCCCCAAUUUGCUAGCCUCGAUCCCGAGUUCCUCCUCUGCUUCUUGCCCAGGCACCCGAAGCUUACCUCUUCUCCCCCUCGAUCUCGAAUGAAUCGUGAAGCCGCCCAAAUCCUGCAGAUGCCCGAGCACCGGCCGGCAACCGAAGCUCCAUCACCUGCGACCAGGACCGACCUCUUCUGCUCCCCUUCCUCCUUCCCGUUUCCAUCUCCUCCUCUCUCUCAACUCCCUCUCCGUCUCUGUACCAGGUACGAACAGGAGAGCACCCAACUCCAUGGAUGGCCUCGAGUUCUUCCCCAACGCCAGCCUUCUGAACCACCUUGCGUCACCGCCUCCCGUUGCAGCUGCUUCCUCGAGCUCCCUAACAUGGUGUCCAUGGCGCCCAGGGAAGGGGACCCCGGCGAUCUCCCGCGACCGGACCCGGCCACCCCAACGCCCUAUGCCCUCGGGCCCCAUCGGACCUCCUUCCUCUGUGCCAAGCAUCGCCGGCCGGCCAUCGAAGCCAUGCGCCAAGCUCCUCUGCCUCGCUCGCCUGCAUCCGCCUCGUCCCUGCUCCAGAGAAGGACGAGCAGCGCCGUGCCGUUGACUGCAUCGCCAGAUCCGCCGCCCACGUCCUCGACUGGAUACGCCAUGCUCCCCGUCCUCCGCCAAGUCCCUGCCGCUGUGCCGCCGUUGGUCAGGACUCACCUCUGCUUCGCUUGAACAGGGAGGAGAACGCCUCUGCCUCUGUUCGCUUGGGCCGCCCGCGCGUUGACCGUGCCGCCUUGUCAAGCCGCCCCUUGGGCCAGAUCCACCGACUGGGCUUGGCCCAAUGUGAGCACCCAAUCCAGUCCUCCUCCUCUGUUGGCCCAGUCCAGCAGAUUUGACCCGCUUCUAUUUUUUUCCCUAUCAGUGAUUUUUUCUUUUAUUCAGUGUUUUACAGAUUUUCAGAAACCCCCCUGUUGUUCAUGCA